AUGGCCUUCAAAAGUAAAAGCGUCAAGCGUUUCAGCAUUCGCGGUUUCCUCGCAGCGAUCCUGCACCCAUUCAUGACAUCCCCAACCGACGCCCCUGGAGUGUUCACCUUGGGCGAUAGCUACAAUGACGUAGGAGAUUGGCACACGCUGCUCUUGAACAACGAGCUUUCUUCGCAGUGCGAGCUCGAACGGAUGGUUUUUUGCAAGAGCACCACCAGGGUCCAACAUGAAUUCUUGCUCCUCCAUUUCCGUCAUCCAACGCAACACCACGCUGUCGCUAUCCUGGUGUUGGACAGGACAUCGCGCCCGGAUUCCACAGAAAAUCAUAAUGGCAAUGGCUCGUCGAGAUCGGUUGGCAUUGGCCAAUCAACCGUAGUCUCCCCCUCAGUAUCUGCAACCCCCGCCCACGAUUCCAUCUUCACCACCCCCAACAACGGCUCUGCCAUCGAAUCAUACAUCACUAACAGAUAUGGCCAGCACAAGCACCUUUGUAACCUCGACUUUUCCGCUUCUGCUCGUCCUUCGGCGAUGCAAGUAUCUGUGCUGUUGUGCGUGCUCCGAAAGCAUUCUCCAACUUAUCAUCUGUGGCAAUACCAAUGCUAUUGGUUCGCCUACACUGUUUGGGAGGCGCUCAAGAGCCUUUUUCCUGGGUGCCGGGAGACAUUGCUGAGCGAGGGGCGCUCUUGCUUUUGCGGGCAAGAGGUUAGGAAGGCGGAGAGUGUUGGGGUGGUGUGUGAGCUGUAUCGCGCCGAGUGGGCGCGUUUUGAGAAUGCGGCAGAGGAGAGGAGGAGGGUGAAGGAGGAGGAGGUGCACCGGUUGAGGAUGGAAGGACGGGCUCAACGUCAACCAGAGGUUGACGAAGAGAGGAGGCAACGAGAGGAAGCGGAGAGGAAAGCAAACGAGGCAGAAAGGAGAGCAGACGAAGCGGAGAGGGAGUAUGAGGCUGAACUGAACCGAAUGCGAGCAAGAAUGGCCGAGCUCGAGCGCCAUGCCGAGUGA